CAGGCCUGUCGGGCGCAAACCGCGCACAGGCCUGCGAUGGCCAUCCGGAGCCUGUCCCGCUCGCGCCUGAUGAGGCUCGGCCUCACGCUCACCCUGAUGUGCGCUGUUCAAGUGCUUUUAUCUGCACGCCGAAAGGAGAAGAGGGAGAGGGUGGGCCUGCCCACCGAUGUUGACAGUCCAGUCGAGUCCGUCUGCCGGCCAGACCUGCGGGUGAACGUCCUGCCACCGAUGGCCAACAACAGCCGCACCGUGCUGAGGGACCUCUUCACGUAUAUCACCACGCCCCACGAGAAGACGUGUCGAAAAAUCACCCGCUUCGGCGGUCAGACAACUUGGUUCUGGGACCGAACAGCUGGGUCUGAUGGUCAUAAGUACGUCUGUAUGGACCCGGAGUUCGACAUCCUCGGCACCAACCAAUGUCUGGUCUACUCCUUCGGAAUUUCCACCGACUGGUCCUUCGACUGGGACAUGGAACGGUUCGGCUGCUCCGUCUUUGCCUUCGACCCGUUUGUCCGCGAGAAGGCCGGUAACCAGAACGGCACCAUCGUGCUCUACAAGUACGCCAUCGGGUCGGCGAGCAAUGCCGAUAACGAAGUCAACGUAAAAAAGCUUGGCGCAUCGACGCGAACGCUCGACUUUAUAGUUGAGCGUUUGGGACACGCCCACAGCCAGAUCCACUACAUGAAAAUGGACGUGGAAUACAGCGAGUACGGUGUCCUGAAGCAACAGACGGAGCGCAUGCACAGGUCAGCCCUCUUCAAAAACGUGCAGCAGCUUGGUGUCGAGCUUCAUUUCAAAGAGUAUAUGCCGUUGCUGGACCACAUGGACUAUUUCCAGUCCCUUUAUCAGAUAUUCCUGAAGAUGCAGGAGAUGGGAUUUUAUCUGUUCCUCUACGAUCCGAACCGACUAUUGCCACCAGACCUUGAGGUUCCUGGUUUGAGCCAGAAACUGUACUCGGCCAUAGAGGUUGUCUGGCUCAAGACCCGGUGCGUGGGCCAAACGCGGGAGUCCAUCUGGCACGCACCGCCACAGACGGCGUGACCGGGACCACACCCGACGGAGGCGUGGCCACGAGACGUGACCGAGACCCGUGCCCCGGGCGUGAGACGGCUGACUGU